AUGAAGGCGCUUUCGCUUUCGCCAUCAAAGGUUGAGUUUUUGGGUGUAACCACCGGCCGUGUUUAUACCAAAGCAGUGAAGAUUAUUAAUGUAUCAAAAUCAUCGAUUAAGGUUCGCAUGAAUGCCCCCACCACAGAGAGCUUUCGCCUUCAAGCAGACGUGGAGGCUAAUCUACCUCCCGGGCUCUCUCAAACAAUCCACAUCUCCUUUUAUACAGAGGACACUGUAGGGUCUGAGUACCACGACUCUGUAGUAAUAUACUCAAUGCACGAACAGCUUGAACUUCCUCUGUUUGCAGAAAAGUGCAGGCCUCACUUGUUCCCGGACACUUCUCACCUCUCUUUUGGCAAUCUAAUUCCUGGAUACCCCAUUACCAAGGACUUGGUGAUCACGAAUAAGGGAACAGAAGACGGACAGUUUACUAUUAAGAUUGAUGCGAGUGAAGAGGAGUUUGCCCGAGGGUCUCAGAGCGAUAUUCCCCCGCUGUCUAAAAUCUUGUCCUUCAGCACUAUGACCGGGAGAGUGCCGUGUGGGAAAGCCGUCACUGUGCGUGCGACAAUAGUUUGUAACAAAACUGGCGCAUACCGCGGAAUUGUUCGGCUUAUUGAUCAGUACAAGAGCGAAGAACUCAUAGAUGUUUCGUGUAGCAUCAUAGAGCCAGGACUGGUAUACUAUCAUUACUUAGACGAUCUCUCCAAAUCUGAGGCAAUUACAAGCAAAUUUUCCACUACACGGCUAUCUACUUUUGAGACCAAGACGUUUGACCCCGACGAUCCUCGUUCUAAGCCCCGAACUCUUGUCCCUCUAGACAUUUGGAAAUGCCAGGCAAUCUUUCAGGAGGAGACUACCAAAAAGAUAGUUGCACAAAAUGUCUCACCAUAUGUCAUGAAUUAUGAGUUUCAAGUGGAAGUUCGGGACAAAAAGCCACUUUGUGACAUCGGGAAGAAAAAGCUUAAGGCAGGUGAAACAGAAGAAACUGUCGCUGCAGCGCAAAUGUUGGAGGACAUAAGCUUUAUACGCAUUGAGCCCUCUGCAGGUGUUCUGCAGCCCGGUGAAAAGGUAGAGAUUCAACUCACGUUUGCUCCUCGACUAGACCUAAAUCGCAUCGAGCGUGUUUGCAGGUUCAUGAGCAAUACAACGCUUAGGGAAUGGCGACGCAUCUUCAGCUUUGUCGCAAAGCAGGGAAAAAAUAAGGGAACCACCAAUACAGAUGAUGAUUCAGACCUGGACUCAUUUGACACGACUCUAAUUGAGAAGAUGAGCGAUGACGAGCUGAAGCAAUUCGGUACCGAGUUCCGCUUCUUCAAGACCAAUUUAGAUAACAUAGCAUACGUAUACGAGGUCAGGACAAAGUGUUCGGCGUCCUCUCUUCAUAAGACCUUCACAGAUGCAACGUUCUUCAGCGUUAGCGCCAUGGCUACCCGUCCUCUGGUCUCUAUCUCUGAUACGGUUAUGCACUUUUCGGCCGCGCAGGCCCAGAAGAACUUUUCGGUCAAGAAUGUUUCUGUUGAACGCGUGAAGCUUCGUAUUGUUGCACCAUCACCAUAUCACAUAGAUGAUCCCCUGAAUCACAACGAGCUAACGACGUUCUUACUCCCUAAGGAGCAACGGAUCUUCUACUUGUUCUACAAUCCAAAGUCCAUGACCGCGUUUAAUGAUUAUAUGUAUCUUUACUUGGGUGAAACAGACUACUAUCAGGUUACAGUUUCGCUAGUAACAAAUAAGGACAAGGAAAUGACAACAAGGUUGAAGAAUGUAAAGGCUGUACUGGACACCGGAAACAAAAGAACAGUAGAAGGCAUGGCGUUGGGAGACCGGAAGCUCCUCAACGCAACAGAGCUUAAGAAAUACAAGGAAGAGCAGCGGCUUGCCUGUGACAAAACCUAUAAUGCCAACAAGUUGAAAAUUGCAGGAAAGGCCAAACAAGAAGGUCGGAGGACUCUUGCCCAAGGGGGGAUGGCUGCCGAGUCCAGCAAGUUGUACAAUUAUAACAGGAUGUAUCUGGACAAGGAUAGCGAUUCUAGCGAAGAAGAUGACGCAAAAUAUAAGACUAUCAGUCAGACUGGAGAGCUGAGUACCUCAGGACUAGCUGGUGCUACAACCAAGCAACCUGGGAUGGAGAGGGCUAUGGAGGUAUCCAGCUCGGCAGCCAAACCGUCAGCUAAGCUAUCUUCGUACAACGAUGCACUGGAUUUAGGGAUGGAGCCGGAAUACGGAGAUAAUGACUAUGACAGCAACUAUUGCAACAAGCGCAAGAAGUCUAGGGUAGCUGAGGAGCUAGAUCAGCUAGAUAGAGACCAUGGAACUACAGUUGUGCUCCAACCAAAGAAAAGAGCGACGUUGGCAAAUGACACAACAGCACCAGUAAAGCUCUUUGGGCCUUCCAACUAUGAUAAUUUAGAGCUCCUAAGAAUAUCUCAAGACAUCAAGGAGUUAUCCACUCGUGAGCUGGCGCUUAUUUCAACUGGACCAAUGGCCUUUGACUUGGGAACAGUCACCGUUGGAACUAAAGUCGUCAGGUACUUCAAAAUUGCAAACGACUUGAAGAGCUUUAUCAAGAUUGAGCUCAAGACAACGCAGAGAAGCGUCAAUGAUGAGAAGCAACGGAAGAGGGAGGUAGAGCUUGUCGAGGAUAGCUCCUCUGAAGAUUUCAUGCCUGGAGAAACUCUUCCUUCUGACCUCGGGUUCCAGCUAGGUGUGCCAGAUAUGAAAAAGCUUAAGCAGCCUCCUGCAACCGUUCCGUUGUCGAGCGCUAGGGCACAAUCUGUACCGAACCUGAUGGACCGACCGUCUGAUGGAGGAACAGAUGCUAGAAGCACAUUUGUACACCAAAUAAGUCCGCUCAAGGCUGCAAAGGUUGAGGUGCAGCCGUACAUUCAAUACCUUCCCCCGGGAUCAAUGGCUGGCUUCCCGAUUAGUAUCAAAUUUGUUAAUAUUACGCCGAAUUAUGCAGAUAUCAUUAAAAUAUACAUUAACGACAAGGAGUAUGGCGUCAUUAAUCUGACGGCCUCCAUAAAGAAGCCGACGCUUCGGCUCAACAUAAAAGCAUACACUCAACUCAAGGAGGCCAGGGACCUCAUAGAAAAGUAUGCCAAUUUGUUAAUGCGGAGUACGAGCGACAGAGGACGCGACGAACGCGAGAGGGAUGCUUCAACUCCGAUUAGCGCAAGCACAACUCAAUUCAAAUCUCAGAUGAUGUCCGAUAUUAUUUACUUUGAGCUGACACCUGCAAACAUAUACGACAAGGUUAUUCAGAGAAACAUUUCCAUUAUUAAUACGGGCACAGCCCCAACAGCAUUGGCCUUGGCUGUCGGUGCAGACUGUGUCUUUUCACGAAACUGCGUCGCCGGAGGAGACUUCCAGGCGCAGCCACUUUCCAUUUCUGGAUCGUAUAGCAAUAGCACUGUCACCGAAGGCCUCAAGAAGAGCUCCAGCUCUGCAUCCAUAACUAAGGCUAGCACCGUCGUUCAUUCAGCAGUUGACGUAUUCGCACUGAGCGAGACUGAAGUCAAAAACUUCCAGAGCGAAAGUAACAAGUCGGUGCUCCUCACGUGGUGUCCUUCUAAUGCAGAGAUUACCGCAGGAAUCUUAACCAUUCAGGCGACUAAGGCCGAUAUGCUAUAUGUGCCAGUAAUUGCACAUCUUCUGCCUGGCAAGGCCUCCUUUCUCGAGAAGUUCAUUGACUAUGGUCUUAUUAAUAUCGGAAAGGUCUCACGUGUCUCUUGCACUAUUGCAAACAAAAGCACAGAGAUAGAGUGCUACUUUGAGCUUGUAGAAGAUGACAUAGUCAGUGCGUCAAUUACAGAGCCGGGAAGGAAUCAUCUGACGGUUGACGUCACGCGGGGCCGCUUGGGUCCUGGUGAGCGGUUACAGCUCCAGGUCAGCCUUACUACCAGGGUGUUGGGGCCUGUAUCGACCAAGCUUUGCUUCAGAAUUAUUGGGGGUGAGCAGAUAGAGCUGCCUGUCAGAGCACUGGUGGAAUCACCGCAAAUUAUUGUUAGUGAAGCCAUUGAGGGCCGGUCCUCCCUCACAGUCAUGCCUUCUCCAAGCAUGAUAUCCAUGACAGGAACCGUCUGCUCUUCUCCUGGGAAAAGCGUGACAAAGAGCAGGACAACCUCUCGGCAAUCCAAGCAAAAUCCCCAUGGGUCUCCUGCAGGCUCCCUUGGUGGAACAAACAGGGUGAAAGUCAAGUGUCAAAACAUUUUGCCCGAAUCUGAUUCUGAGUCUGAGGACCUAACAUUUACGCAGCCUCUUCUUAUAUCUCCGUCACACAUUUCAUUCAAUGAGGGCGUGACGCAGAGCAUACCGACUCUCAAGAAGUUCAAGGUAACCAAUGUAAGCCGAGUUCCGGCAGACCUAUUUGUUGAUUGCACUCUUUCUCAGUACAUAACCCUCGUCUCUGAAAUUGGAGUAAGCGACUCAGGUGGUGAUGCAGGGGUUAUUAGUACAUUGAUUACUAAGAAUGACCUAUUGGAACGGUUUCGUUUAUUAAGUGACACACACAUUCUUCAAUCUUUUCAACCGCUGAAAGCAUCCCAAGACGUGGAGUACAGUCUAUCAACCUACAUCAAUGAAAACUCUGGUCUUGGAGUCACAGAGUCUCUGUUGCGUGCUCAGAGCAAACUUGUUGAUAGACUUGCACAAAAGCACAAUCUUCCCGUCUUUCCUGGCACUAAUGAUAUCGACUAUCAGUCAUACACUGCAUCUCUACUCAACCUAAAUGAGAUUCCAGACAUUGAUGGCAGCGGAAAGCUAAAGCAGCCAUCAGAACUCAUGGGUGUAUCAUCGUCAAAUGCAGAUUACAACCGCGUUAUGCACAUCUAUAUACCUCCAGGCUCCUCCACCACGCUGAUCAUGUCCAUCCUUGCUUUGGACCAGAAGGCAGCUGUCAAUGACUGCGUGUUCUUUUACUUGCUAGGACAGACUACAUGUAGUGAAAUACUAUCUGAUCCUUCAUCCAUUUCUGUGCAGAAGUCGGCUCCUUCGAUUGGAUCCGAUGUGGGGGUAAGGCGCGCGUCCCGCAAAUCCUCAGAAAUCAACGCGGAUGUAUUGAAAGAGCUUGACUCCUCCUUCCUUCCUGCCUCCCGCAAGUCUGUUAGGGAGUCUACCGGCAAAUCAGAGUCUACACUGAACACACUGAAGGCUGUUGCGGGCGGUAAAGAGCUUUCAAACGUACUUAUCUUGUCAUACAGUAUUACGCCGGCAGCUAUAUUCACAAGCACCUCCCUGGUGAACUUUGGCAUUAAAGUCUCCGAUUCGUCGUACAAGCAGAGCGUCGCAGUUUAUCCCCCCAUGUUUAGGGACAUCUUCCAGAAGCUUCUGGCACAUACCGGUUUUGGUGGCCCAACGACUGGUUCGGGCGACGAAAGUGCAGCAACAUCCCUGGCGGGCACUACCGAGCUUUCUGGGGACCGGUUCCAUGCUAUAGCGCGGGAGCUACCCUUUAUUUCACAGAUGGCUCUUUCGGGCCUUUACUAUCAAGACGUUAAUCUUAUCAAUCAGACUAAUAAGGUGAUUCUUUUUGUAGCGCUGGUCACAGACUAUAAUGAUCAGCUGCUAUCAACAAAGCUGUAUGCCCUCAAUCAGCCGUUUGGGAAGAUACAACCUUAUGACAAUGUCAGCGUUCGUGUCUUCUUUUCUCCUACCAAGGUCGGUGUACACAAUGCCAAGUUAAAGGUUUACUACAUGGAAGUGGUCACCGGUGACGGUGAAGCAUCAACUCACUCAGAAGCUGCACCGGCUUCCAGUGAGCAAAAAACAUUGGCAUUCUCUAAUGAUAUUAGUAAUACACCUAGAAAUAUGAGCCCAGAGAUAAGUUUCUUCUGCAAUAAAGGAUUUGUGCUCAGCAACUAUCUGACAAUUCACUUACAGAGCGUCGCGGUUUUCCGCACAAUAGCAUUCUCGGCCAAUCCUGUUAUCUUCCCUAACACUGCUGUUGGUGUCCCAUCUCGUUGCCUAUUCUAUAUCCGCAAUCUAGGGUAUAAGCAUAACGUGAAGCUAACCAUUACGUUCCCACCGGAGCUGUCAAAGAUAGCGUUCUGUGUCAUUUGGCCCCUUGGAAACAUCAUCAAUCAUAUGAUAAAGACCCUCCCUGUCCUGAUAACAUUCAUAAGCAACACUGUGAUGAGCUUCUCAAGUCGGUGUGUGAUUUCAGAUGAUACUGGCACCCCGUAUAACUUGACAAUUGGAGGCAACUGUGCAAAUGAUCCGUAUCUAUUACGGGAAUAUCUCCGGGUCAACUCCAAGCGCUUACAGCAAUCUACACCUUUGCAAGCACUUGCUCAAUCUGCUGCUCUAAUGGAACCAAGCGUUGAUGCAUCAGCUGACGGAUUUCAGAAAGAGUUCUAUGACUUGGUGCCUCGCAGCGUAGACCCGUACUCAUUGACAACUCCGGAAUUUGGCAUCUAUCACAGUUAUAGUCAGUUGACGGAAAUCUGCAAAGCAGAUGAGACAGACCCAAUCUUGCGUAAGUAUGGGCUAAACAAAAAUGUCUUGCUGGCUUUGGAGAGUAUCAACUGUAACACUCUUGUUGAGUUUAGCGAAUAUAGCAAGGCCCUUGGUCUCGAAGAGGUCUUCCAUAACAUACAGAAUAAGAAAGACGCUUUUCUAGCUGUUGGCGUGUCUCCGUGGGACGAUGAAUCCAUUGCAAGGGUAAAAUCCUUUACUCUGAUCAACUACACCUCAAAGAAGCCUGAUGCACAGCCCCUAGGAACAGACCGCAGUGACAAGCAAAGCAGCACCAGAGCGUUGGGCUCUACCAAGGACAAGCAAAAGUCUCUCUUCCAGCACAUCAGGCGGAUGGUCUUCGGGCCAUAUGCGACCACGGAGUACCCACGCUAUUCCAACGCUAACAACCGUCUCGCAUUUUACUGGCAUUUUAUCUUUCGUACUGUAGGGCUGAACUCCGAAUCUUGCCUAACACCCUACAUUCCCUUCAUCCCAGAUGUUGUGGGUCUUUCUACAGAGAAUAACAUUACUAUCAGCUUCAUGAUCCAAACCCUCUAUUUGCUGCUCAAUCUUCGACUCAAUACUAACCUCCCCUUCCCUGCGCAAUUCACACAGUCUACUUCAAAGACGUCGCCGUUUCUGUUAUGGGCGUGUGGAAUCCUGAAGAAGGAUAUUAGUAUCAAUCCGAAAACACUUCAGAACCUACCAUCUAUUAACAAGCUUCGAGUGGAGUUUCUUCAUUCGUGUUAUGACGACAUGCUGACUGCCUUGAAAAUCAAUGGCGCCAUGCUCAACAACAUACCAUGCGAGCUGCUCAUGGCACGGGAAGACUUUCUCAACUGGUGCAAGUGGUCAAUUGCAAAGGUGUCGAGAAACAGUUACACGAGUGCGCUUGCUGAUGUAGUUAAUUUAGACCAACAACCACCAGGAGACAAGGAUGUUGGAAGACCGCACGAAAAAAGUGCAAAGCUUCAAUCUAGCGUGCACAAUAAGAUGAAGCACUCAAUAGCCCCUGCUGCUUCCGUCCUGCCUACAGAUGAAUUUGAGCCUCAACUGGUAUCGCCCAUGAUUACCCAAACAAGCUCUCUCGUUAUUCUCGAUAUCCUCCGGGCUGUGCACGAGUUUUCACACCGCUCUGCCUGGUACUUUGUGCUAAGCGAGCUUGUCAGGCUUUUCAUUUUGAACACAACCUCAAAUGCAAAGGUUCUCGAGGCAAAUAUCCAAAAGCACAGGGUCUGGGUGAGCAACGAGGCAAUUGAGUUUGAACUAAGCAAGGGCAUAUUUGACAUAAAGUGCCAGAAGGAGUCUAUAGCAGAUUUCUUCGCCAAAUUUGAUGCAUUUUCCAAAGCCACUAAGCUGAACGAGAACGGAUGCUUGCUUUAUCUCUUCACGUACCACGCGUCCUACAUGAUACACGGAACCGAAUUUCAGGAGAUUGUAGUUAAUCAAAAGUACACAGCACCAGCCAAGGCUGAUAUAAAGGACAAGAAGAACAUUGUUACUCGGUCGCAGCUAGCCUUGCAGAAGAGCACAAAAAGAAUCGUCCAAGAUUCUGCUAUUGAUACGCUUGCUGGGACCUGCAAGGAAGAACCCCAGGGGUCAUUAUCUCCUCGUAGGUCUGCCAGGGGGACGCCGAACUUCUACGUGCUUAAGUCUUCACGGGCUCUGUUCUCAGGGCUUGAAGUGGGACUUACAAUUCUUAGCCACUACCCUUACUGUGAUGGAAUCCGAAGGCGUGCAGAGGAGCUCAUGAACGCCUCUGUUGCUAUUGCAAAAUCUUUCUUGGAGCUAGGCAUCUCCAACUUCACACCGGACUACAUUUUGAAUCUAAAGAUCAAGAUCCCAGAACUCACAGACAGGAUGUUUUCUGCGCUAGAAUCUGCAAGAUCUGCACUAUGGUUGGAGAUUGAGCAAUUCCUUCGCCUUGAGUUUAAUAUCAGCCUUUUACCCUCAAGCUUGUACAUGACAAGCCCCUCCUCGACAUUUGACUACUCUCACAACGUUGCAUACACAAACGCACUAGCGACAAAUCAUCAGAUUCUUGCGACUCUGCUCUACCAGGUUCUGCCGUCAUAUCUUCCAUAUAAGGCUCUUCGCGUCUUAUCCAACUUAGGAGACACAGUCACACAGCCUCUAGAGGUCUCUAAUGUUAUGAAGUCGUCUUCAAUAAAGUAUAAAACCAGCAUUCUUUACCCACGGAGUGACGACGUUUCUGCAGGUGGGCCUAGCUGCGAAAUAAAGCUGAACACAAGCAUGUUGACGAUCGAGCCACGUAUGUCGUCGACUCUCUUCAUCAAAAUGACGCCCCGCUUCGCAAAGCCCUGUGUGGCGCUGAUCGGCCUGAGACCUUCAUAUGAGGUUUCUUCCCAGACCUCUUCAGGCUCCUUCUUGGCACCGUCCUUUGUUGCAGUGGUCAUCGAGACAAAUGACACCGUCCCUGUGAAGGUUUACGAGGUAGAGUCUAAGUGUCAGCAGCAAGCGAAGAUUUCUAUAGAUGUAGACAAUAAAAAUGGGCUUGAAGCAAACUACAAGAUCCGCAUUACCGAGAAGUUCGUUGCGCUUGAUUCUGCGUCUUUAUCGGCAAGCGUCAAGCCCAAGAAGGUGUUUGGAUACAUGGAGCCCCUGACCACCCAAGCAGCAAAAACAGUCAACCCAGCUGAUAAGAAGGUCCCCGAUACCGUUGUGCAACCGCUCUGUGGUGUGACAGUCUCUCCCAUUGCUUUCAAGACCAACGAACGGUCUCUUAACAUAAAGCCCAGAGGGCGUCAGGCCAUGAACCUGUACUAUAUGCCGACGCAUCCAGGAGCGUAUAUCGCUUCGGUUAUAUUUGAAGAUGCUAAUUUGGGCUCGUUUAUGUACGAGUUGCGCGGGUAUAGUAUCCUCCCAGAUAUUUCUCACACGUACAACAUCAGCUCUUUGGCCACGGAAUCUAGGACUUUCAAUAUAGAUAUAAACGACCUACUUGGCCACGACCUUGUACACAAGUAUGUUAACCAUGAGCUAAAACAAGUUGUGGACACCAAGCAAACAGAUGAUGGUAAACAGGCACAAAUGAUCCAGCUGACGUCAUCUAUAGACCCUCUUAACAAGGUUUUCACCCUUAAAUAUGUUAGUAGACCCAACGUUGAACCGGAUGUGCACGCCUUCCGCUUUUUGAUCGCUACAGACACGUUCACCAAGCAAGGCCUAAUUUAUCUUAACUUGCUCAAGCGUCAAGAAGAGAUCCAGAUGGAGAUGAUUGUACCGGCGAGGGAGACGGUUUCUCAGAAGUUGCCCGUUAGGAAUACGAUGGACAAUGACUGCCUUAUGAGUGUGACAAUUACAAGUCAAGGCCAAAAUGCGUUGCAAAGGGCAGGCCGCGGAGGAGCCCAGAAGCAACAGCUAUCUAGCCUUAUCAGUUACUUCUGGGUUAACGGCCAGGCAAUGACUGAUGGGGUGCCAUUUACGAUGUUGGUACGGCCUCAUGACUCUCCAUUCAUCUUACUAGAAUUCAAGCCUAAGUGGAUUGCUCUGUUCAAUGCUAAAUUAGUGAUUGAAAAUAGCACUAAGGAUCUGCUCGUAGACGAAUACCUCUUGAAGUGCCAGGCAACAGAGCCGCUGACGUCCGGAAUCAUCAAUCUAGAAACUGUCGCCAUGGAGCCUGUUGUCUAUAAGUUUACUAUCAGCAGUCCUCCACUCCUUGAGACUGGUCAGGCUUCUAAUUUGCAGCAGCAGCAAGCCCAGCAACUCACUAGGUAUACAGUAUACUUACAGGACAAGAAGGCUGUUUUUGAGCUUUCUCACUCAUCUUUCGACCUGGCUCCAGGAACUUCGCAGGUUGUUGAACUUCGUGGCUUUUCUCCAUGCUCUGGACAGUCGAAAAACAUCCUUUUCAUCCAGAACAAUGGGACCAAUACCUAUGAGUGGUAUGAGGUUGUUCUCCAUGUGAAGCCACGCGAAUGCAGUGGUGUCGUAGAGUUGCAAACGUCGACAAAUCUCAACGCCCGUCACGAGUUCUCUAUCACUAACACACGUUCAGACGUUUAUGCAAACGUGAAUGUUGAGGUUAUGAACAUUCCGUACUAUUUGCUGUCUUUCAGCCCGUCUAUGCAAAUUGAGCCGGGAGAUACCCAGUCUCUUAUCCUGAAUGUUAGGCCUACCUGUCGAGGGGUGCUCAAAGGCGUGGUUAUCUUUAAUUCUAUGGAGCUGGGGGAGUUUUGGUAUGAGCUUGUCGUGACUUGUAACGAACUAACUGUGAAGGAAGAGACAAUAUACUCUUUACUUUCUGCCCAAGUGAGUAGUAAGAUCAUGAUUGAAAAUCCAAAUCCCACCACUGCACUAACUUAUACAAUUGAAAACUCCAACCAUAAUGCGUUCACCUCCCAUCCCAAGUCAUCCUUUAUCGUCCAACACAGCAGUCAAGAAAUAGUGAAGAUUAACUACCGUCCAACAAAAGUCAAUCUCCCCGAGAUAGGAGAGUUCUAUGUCUCUGGGGUGGAUUCAAAGGGUGUUAUCCAGAGCGAGUACAAGUACGUCUUUCGCGGAAUCGGGCAGAUGCCGAAGGAGCAAACAAUCACUAAGAUCUAUGCAAAUGUGGGGUCGUCCAAUGCCGGUGUGGUGACGUUCAAGAAUCCCUUCCUUACAAGUUCACUUCUUCGCUUCGAGUACGAGAACUCACCCGAUCUCCAAUUUAAUAUUCGGCCUGAAAUGAUUAUUCAGCCAUUUUGCGAUGUGCAGCUUCCGUUUACUUUUACGCCCAAGUCCCUGAAGCUAGUGAAGGCGAAGUUUCUAGUACAUGUGCAGCAACUUGCCGACACUGAGGCAGGAAUAGACACCGCCGAGAUUCUUAAGAUGGGUGAGGAAACCUUCACAACGCUGCUGAACAAGUCUGAAGUCUAUACUUUUACAUAUCCGAUUGAGGCAACUGCAGAGAUAGUUCUAAACGAGACCUUUGCCUUUAUGGCGUGCUCCGCCAGGAACAGUGUUUCUGUCAGUAAGCCAGUACCAUUCGAUUCUCUUGCGCGCUAUUCUGCAGGGGAUAUGUCAUUCUACAUUGAACCUAUUGAUACCCGGACCCUUAAGCCAGACUCGGCUUUCUACAUUGCGCAGAAGUCGAUACAGUUCUUUUAUCGGCCCAGCGGCUCUAUGUCUCCCUCUGGGUCUACUAGGCUGCCCCAGGUUCUGGGAGGGAUAGGUAGUGCGCCGCAGAUUUCUCUUUCCUUUACCCCCAUGAAACCUUUUGCAUGCGACGUUAACAUGAUAAUUUCCAUCCGCAAUAGUGGACGGUAUAAGCUUCCUCUCCAGCUGGUAGCAAAUACUCCAAAGCCAGAAGGGACAAUAACAGUCGAGCUGGCCAACAGCAACACUGAGGGCGAAUAUAUUCUCAAGAUAUGCAAUAUUUACAACGUGUACACAGAGUACAAGGCAUCAUUCAGCCCCACGUCUUCCGAGCGUUUUUCUGUUUCUCCGUCGUCGGGGAUACUCGAGCCAGCACAGCCAGCAAACUUAAGCAAUCAGAAAAUGACUCACAUCCGGAUUUCUUGUAGCCCAGGAAGUAGCCAAGCUAGAGGACAGCUCUUUGUAGAGACUAAAGAUGUCCUUUUCAUAUGGGAUGUUAUUAGUGGAUAUAAGAAGUACGUUCCGCCGGCGGGCGUUAGCAAGGUUGUGUGCCACGAGUGA